CUAAACAGUGGAUAUUUGUAACAUAAAUUUUGAAAUGUGUUUAAACACUUCAUGUUUUAAAAUUUGUGUCUACACACACGUCUCCCAUUACUUGGGAAAAUGAUGGAAGUCAGAGACACCGAAGAAACCGAACUAAGCACUAUCAUUCCACGGCGAAUUACACGGGAAUAGGCCGGUAAUCGGAAUUCAGCUUCGUAGGCGAAGCAAUACAAGAUCAGACUAACAGUGGUGACCCAGAUGGCCUUUUGGUAUGUUUCGAAUGAAGAAACAUUUUGUCCUUGAAAUUUCAGUUGGAUGAAGGCGAGGAGCAUCUGAGUGAAGACGGUGAGGAUGGCGUGGUGGGAAGUGGGUGGCGGCCGAAGGUGAGGGUGGGAGAGGAAGAUGCUCUUCGAGUUCACAAAUAAGACGUUGAUGUUGUUGUUGUUGUUCAUGUCUUGGAUUUAAGGCCCUGUUGGGUUGAUUAUGAUCUGCAAAAGAUGGAUAAGAAUGAGUUAGAACACAGUGAGAAAUAGGCAAAAUCGAAUGUAUAGAGUAUUGAGAUAAGAAAGAAGGGAAUGGAAUGGUUACGAGGCUACCAAGCUUUGAUUUUCAAUGCUUGAGGCGUUUGUGGCUUUUAUACUACUUUGCUAGGAGUUGGCUCAACACAUUAAGAUCCUCUACACUUUUUUUGUUUUUUUUUGUUUUUUUGGUAAUUAAGCCCCCAAAAGAAAUUAUUCUUUCUUUCCUUUUUCUUGCAUUGCCCAACGAAAAUGACUGAUUCCGGGUGUACUUGCAAUCGGUGAAAUGCAAUCUCUGAAAUGAGAACAUGAACUCCACCAUCAAUGAAUCUCAAACCUUUAUAAUAAAAGCAAAUGGCUACAAUUCAGUGUGGCCUCGACUCGAGCAUACCCCAUGUGUCCUCAUCAGCUCUAUACUCUCUGCAAUUGUUGACUACACAGUUCCAACAAAACCAAGUGAAGCGCAGCUGCAAACAGCUUCCUCAAUGUAUAGAAGCAUAUCAGGGUUCGCAAUUUCUCCUCUUGGCAAUUUUGUUGGGGGAUUUUUGGUAGAAGACUUAGAGAGAAUACCAGUUAAUCUUUUGUGUUGUAGUUUGGAAAUAAGGAUUGUUCUUGUAGAUAAAUGGAAUCAAAGUGGGUUAAAGUAUUGGAUAAUGGCCAUAGAAUCAUUGUUGACGCAAAGAGAAAACGGGCAGCCCAAUGUGCAGCAAAUAUAAUUGAAGCAAGCCACAAGGUGUUGUCAGUUCAGCCCAACCAUAAUUCAUUAUUUACGAAGCUUGGCAAGCGGAAAAGACUGGUUGGAUGCAAAACCAAAUGUGGGGUGCACUUGAGAAAAUCGUUACAUAAGAACUAUUCCAAUUUCAUGAAAAGUGGACUGCCACAGCGGUUACUGUUUUAUCAGAAUGGUGACUGGAAUGAUUUUCCUCGUGAUACUGUUGAGUUGGUUAGCAAAGAUUUUCAAUUGAAAAAAGCAGCAAUUGAAGUGCAGUUCAAGGGCUGCCAUUUAAUGUUUGAUAUCUUGUACAUGAUUCAAGUAGAUUUGAAGACAGGUUCCCAGAAACCUAUAGCUUGGAUUGAUGAAUCAGGUAGCUGCUUUUUUCCUCAAUUAUACUCUACUGAUGGUGGAAUACAUGAAUGCAAUCAAUCUGAGUUAGAAAAAGAUGAAUUUCGGUAUGCGGAACGAAAUGGGGCCCCUGAAAUCAAGUUGCAUCUUCAAAUAGAA